GUCACACGCUUAAACCUCUCCAGUCUCCACCACCUCCUCGGCCGCGCCGUCGCCGCCGACGAUGCCGCGCAAGGCCUCGUCUACGCCAGAUUCGCGCCUCAAAUGGCGGAAGCGGAAGCGCAACCCCGACGCCGCGCCCUCGCCGUUGGCCGCGCCCGACAACUCGGAUGACUCCGACUCCGCCGCCGCCAACGACGAGGACGACACGGCCGUCCCGUCGGCUGCCGUUGACGACGAAAUCCUUGCCGGUGCCGCGGCCAGGGACCUCCGUGAGGCGGAGGUGCUCUCCCCGGCCGAGGCCAUCUCCGCCUUCCCCGCCGCCACCCGCCGCAAAGUCAACCGGCCGCACCCGUCCGUCCUGGCCGUCGUUGCAGCCGAGCGGUCUGCGUGUGCGGGAGAUGUCUCUGCCUCGGUUCCACCGGCAUUGGAGAACAUCUCGCACGGGCAGCUCCAGGUGCUCUCGGGGGCCCUGCCUGACCACCCGUCCCUUUCGGCGGAUCCUGACAGGCCGUCUUCUUAUGUGUGCACACCACCGCCCCUCAUGGAGGGGCACGGCGUGCCCAAGCAGUUCCAGGGUUGCCUCCAUGUCGUGCCCAAGCACUCAGAUUGGUUCUCUCCUGGGACGGUGCACAGGCUGGAAAGGCAGGUAGUGCCACACUUUUUUACAGGGAAGUCUCCGGGGAACACGCCGGGGAAGUUCAUAACGUUACGGAAUAAAGUUAUUGCAAAGUAUUUGGAGAAUCCAGGCAAGAGGCUUGCUUUUGCAGACUGCCAGGGCUUUGUUGUCAACACAGGUGAAUUAUACGACCUGAGUAGGAUUGUUCGGUUCUUGGACGCAUGGGGGAUCAUCAAUUACCUUGCGGUUGGGUUGGUGCACCGGGGUCUGAGGGUGGCAGCAUCACUUCUAAGGGAGGAACCAGCAGGGGAGUUGCAAUUGUUUACUGCACCGUUGAAAUCCAUUGAUGGUUUAAUUAUGUUUGACCGGCCAAAAUGUAGUCUCCGAGUUGAAGACAUUGCCUUGCUGGCAUCGUCUUCAUCAAAUUCGGAGGUGUUGGAUUUUGAUGCUGGUGCUGAGUUUGCAGAAUUGGAAGGGAAGAUUAGAGAACGGUUAUCAGAGAGCUCUUGCAGUUAUUGCUCACAAUCUUUGAGCAGUUUGCACUAUCAGUCACAAAAGGAGGUAGAUAUUGCUCUUUGCUCUAGUUGCUUCCAUGAUUCACGAUUUAUUACCGGGCAUUCAAGCUUAGAUUUUCAGAGAGUCAAUGGGGAUAGAGAUGGAUCAGAAAAUGAUGGGGAUAACUGGACUGAUCGAGAAACGUUAUUGUUGUUGGAGGGCAUAGAGAAGCACAAUGACAACUGGAAUAACAUUGCCGACCAUGUUGGAACAAAGUCAAAGGCACAGUGUAUUUACCAUUUUAUUCGUCUUCCAGUGGAGGAUAGUUUGUUAGAGACCAUUGAGGUGCCAGAUGCAUCCAUGCCAGUGCAAACCAAUGGACAUCCACAUUCAGAUUCCAAUGGAAAUCUACCUCAAAGUGUUCAACAUGGAAACCAACUCCCAUUCAUCAGUUCAUCUAAUCCAGUCAUGUCGUUGGUUGCCUUCUUGACCUCUGCAAUAGGACCAAGAAUUGCAGCAUCAUGCGCAAGUGCAGCAUUAUCUGCUUUAACACGAGAGGAUGAUCCCAGGGUGAUUUCUGAAAGCAUGCAUGCUGAUGAUAGGACCCAUGCUGCACAUACAAACUUUCGUGACCAUAAUGGUGCUUCAUCGUCAUCCGUUUCUCCAGAAAAUGUGAAGCAUGCUGCACUGUGUGGUUUGUCGGCAGCGGCAAUGAAGUCUAAACUCUUUGCGGAUCAAGAGGAACGAGAAAUCCAAAGACUAGCUGCUAUCGUGAUAAAUCAUCAGCUGAAGAGGUUGGAGUUAAAGCUGAAGCAGUUUGCUGAAGUUGAGACCUUGCUUCUGAAGGAAUGCGAGCAAGUGGAUCGAGCAAGACAGAGGAUUUCAGCUGGCCGUAUCCAGGUGAUGUCAGGCCGCUUAAAUCCCAUGGGAGCUAGCCUGCCCAAUGGUAGCAGUCGCACCACGGCAUCCAAUCCAAUUAAUAUGAGCCCUAGACCAGUGACCAUGCCAGGCUCCACGGCUGAAGCCACCAGACCAGCCUCAUCCGCCAAUAUCAUGCAGGGGCAGGGGCACCCUCAGAUGCCAUUGUUGCAGAGGCAGCCACAGAUGCUCUCAUUUGGGCCUCGCUCGCCGCUCUCGGCUAUCCAGACUCAGCCAUCUGCACAGGCGUCGAACAUUAUGUUCAGCUCUGCUGCCAUGCCCAAUUCAGUAACUCACAAUCAUCAGCUGUUGAGGUCGUCUUCAGGAAACAAUUCAAGUCUAGGAUAGAUAGUUCGUAAGAUUCCCCAGAGCGUAGUAGUGUUAGCUUUUUUUUUUUUGAACAGGUGUUUUUGCUUUUUAGCUCGCUUUAUAUGGUUUACACAAGCAUCUCAUUGUAAUUUGAUUGUUCAA